AUGAACAAGGACAAUGCACGGAGACGUCAAAACCAGAAAUUUCGUGCGACAGCGGGUUGGGAGAUCAUAUUAUUCAAACGGCAACACGAUGCCCGAAUGGACAAGCACACGAUCAUCACGGAAAGUGUCGUCGAAUAUUCACCAAUUUUCUACCUCACAAAUGCUAAAAAGAAACAAAAAGUUGCUUCUCUUGAGGAAUUGGGACUUUAUCUCUUCAACGCGACAAACACAACUUACUUGGAGGACUUCGAAAAAGGCAUUCCCUUGAUCCCAGUUCGUGCCGGAGAGGAUUUCGAUCUACAAAAAGACGUCAAAUUCGGUUUUUUAUCCAAAAAUCAUCCAAAUCGAGAGAUUUUUACGUAUGAAGAACGCGAAUUCAUCCCGUCAAAGGCGGAUUUUGUCAGCAAAAAGCCUCUUCGUGUCAUAAUUCAUGGCUGGAAGAACGAUGGCAACUCCCCGAUGAUUCAAACCAUCACAGAAGCAUAUCUCAACACGUCGGAAGUCACUCUCAUGGUUGUUGAUUGGAGUCGUCUUGCCUCUGAAAAUUAUCUCGUCGCCCGUGAACUGAUAAACGACGUUGCUAAUGUCACGGCACACAUGAUAAAAUUCCUUCUUGAUGAAAAUUUGGUCGAUUUGAAGGAAAUUUAUCUCGUUGGACACAGUUUGGGAGCUCAUACAGCAGGUUUAACGGGAAAAGAUCUCCAAAAAUUAACCGGAAAAAAAGUUCCUGCGAUUAUGGCACUCGAUCCAGCAGGUCCUCUUUUCUCUCAGGAACACAAAGAGCGAAGAUUGGACAAAAGCGACGCCGAACGAGUUGUUGUUCUUCAUACUUCGACACUUUUGGGGUACACAGAACCCUUGGGACAUGCCGAUUAUUACGCAAAUUUCGGAUUUUCUCAACCCGGAUGCGGAUUUGAUCUGAUGAGACAUUGCGCUCAUAGUCGAGCUUACAUGUAUUUGGCGGAAGCAAUUUUGGAUCAUCCCAAUGAGCCGUUUUGGGCGCUCAAAUGCGAGGCGAACGUUGAAGAUCUUGAGGAGGAAAAGUGCGAAGGCGGUAAAAUUGAGGCGCGGUUUGAUGAAAAUGCACUCAGGAAACCGAUGGAAGGAAUUUUUGUCUUUAUGACGAACAGCGAAGCUCCGUGGGCAAGAAAUCGACGCGAAUUGAGAGUGUUGAAUGAAGGAAGAAGUUCAGGAAAUCGAGUUGAAAUUGGAUACAAAGUUGCUGUUUUUAGUCUCUUGUUUGCAAAGUUUUUCAUGAAUUUUGUUUAA